UUAUACUGAAAAAGAGUGAAAUUAAAAGAAUCUUCUAUCGUACAAAGCAGUUCUAAGCAAAAUUGUGUUUUUAUAUAUGAACGUUUUGUAUAAUCGGUAAAUAUAUGACUCGGUCGAAUUUAAAGAGUGAAAUAGGAAAACUGGUCGACGUGUAAUUUUGGUUUCGACAUCUGAUUGAUGAUCAGUAUAUCAAAUAAAAGGCAAAACAUCAACAUCGACAAGCUCAUAUUGAAUCAAAUUUGAAGUAAAAUUAACAAAAACAAAAACCAUUUCAUUGCGAUUGAUAAAACAGUUAAUGUAGAAAGAGGGUAUGCAAAAAAUGGAUCAAAAUUCAAUGAAUUCGAGUAAUGGAAACGAAUCAAUUGGAUCGUUUAACUGUGUGGACAAGGCAAAGGGUCUUAAAAAACUACUUGAAGCAGAUUUGGAUGCUUGCGAAUUCAAGUGGUCAUUGUUUGUAGCUGCCGCAAAUAAUUACAAAUAUGACUCGUUACUUAAACCAUUUCCAAGUGCAUACGUAGUCAAUAAAAUAUUGGACAUCAAUUGUUUGCGCGAGCGAACUGCAAAUAUUCCGGAUUUUUGUGUUCUAUUAAAACAAUUACAGCAUUUCUGUGAUCAUCCAAAUACAUCUGAUAAUUUUAUUAAUCAUGAAACGAUCGAUUUGUUGUAUUGGUGUUUGAUAAGCACUAGAGAUGAACAACCAAUAUUAAAGAGUGUAAAUCGCUCAAGCUUUGAUAGCGUUUUACAAAAAGUAAAUUCGGUUGUGCCUGGUCCAAGACCUCACCACAUCUUCGAAGUGACAUCACCAGCAGAUUCGAUUGCCGAAGAAAAAUUUCGUAGCCAUCAGACAAAUUGUUCAACCACCUUUGGCUAUCAUGGCAGCAAAUUAGAAAGUUUUCAUUCAAUCUUAAACUAUGGCCUACAACAGCAUUUGUGCAAGACUGCAUUAUAUGGUGAAGGCAUUUAUUUGUCUUCUGAACCACAUGUCAGUUUAAUGUUUAGCCCAACCAGCUAUGGAUGUUCAUGUGUAGCCAUAUGCGAAUUUGUUCAACAUCCAACUCACUUAAAAUGUCAUACCAAAGAAAAAAGUAAUCAAACUGGAGUUCCCGAUAAAUAUUUUGUGAUAACAAACAAUGAAAUAGUUCGCGUGCGUUACCUUAUUGUCUACGGUUCUGUGAUGAUAAAACCGAUGAAUUCCAGUUUGGCCCAAGGUGACGUUACGGAAAAUAAAAUGUUGUUGUGGAUCUAUCGUCAUAAAUGGAUAACAGCAAUGAUUGCAUAUGCCAUUAUGCUACUUAUAAUUGGCGCUUCCAAUUCACGACACGGUUAUUUUAUGAAACAAUAUAUGCGUCAGGCUACAACCAAUGCUAUCGACUAUUUAAAAUCGCUUGGUUUCAAUUAUAUUCAAAAAUUCUUUAAUUAAAUGUCAAUGUAAUCAAAAGAGCUCAGUUUAUCUUAUAAUUCCUUAUUUUUGUAAAAAAAAACAUUUGCAAACCUUUCAUUUAGUUUAGGUUAAAUAGUGUACUGUUAUGAUGAAAAACUAUUCUUAUUUAUGUAAGAUUAUCUUCGUUUGCUUUGAGAGAGACUGAGAGAAAAGAGGGAAGAAAAAAAACUCGUGUAUAAAAAAUUAAAACGGAAAAUUUUGUAAAUUAAAACACAACGUUUAUUUGCAUUGAAUUA